AUGUCCUCGUGGUUCUCUCGAUCGAAGAAGCCUCCCGGUGCUGGUGCGGCGAGCGGGGGCAACGAAGGAUACAACGUCCCGGACGACGAUUCGGUGGAGGAUUCAGACGAGGACGAAGGACACGCGCAGCACACGACGAACAACAACAAUAAUAACCAUCAAAUCAUAGGACAACAAAUCCUGAACGAUUUCACGACCCGCGACGAGGAGUACGACCCUGAUUUUGAGGCUGAUUUAGCGAGAGCGAUCAGCGAGUCGUUGUCUAUCAAACAAAACGUGAAGGACGAAUCUUCUGCGAUGUCGCCGGGGUCGAGAUACAAAAAUAACAAGAACAACAACGCGAGUUUUUCGGGAGCUGUCGCGGGGGGCACUAUGGACGAUGAAUUUGAAAACGAUGAUGCGGAUGAUCGUAUGAGAAGUAAUAAUAGUAGGAGAGAACGAGUGACGUCGGAGGAGGAAGAUAUCGACGUCUUAUACGCGAAGAGAGACUCCUUGCGGGACAAAUAUAGCGGUCUCGCGGCGGCGAAGAAGCUCUGGAACGAAUCAAAUUUGGACUUUAACGAGCGCGCGUACGCGGAUGGAUUUUACGCUCCGAGCACGAGUUACGAUUGGCCGGAGUGUUUUGAGGACGAUGUCAUCAGUCAAGGGUCGAGAAAAAUGUUACCGGCGUUAGAAAAUGUGAAGAAGAUAGUACCCGACGUCAGCGACGAGAGAGAGAGCGUUUACGUGGAACAAGGAAGCGAUAGAAAUUUAGCGUCGUUUAUAAAUGAUGUCGUGGAUCGAAUCGAAGCGCAGAACCCGCCCGAUAGGUGCGCGACGGCUUCAAUUUUAGCGAGUGCUGUGUGCGAUAAGCUUGGAGGACCAGCGAAGAGUGACUCGGAGUUGAGGGAUUUAUGGGUCGGCGAGAGACUGCGGUUGCGGAAAAAAUAUAAAUCAAUCGCGUUUCCAAUUGGAAGCUUAGAGUUUGGAUUGAUUAGACAUCGUGCGUUGCUUUUCAAGGUUGUCGCGGACGCGAUAGAAAUUCCGUCGAGACUUUUGCGCGGGAAAUACUUGAUGGGCGGCGACAACGACGACGUCAGUGGUAUCGUCGUUUUAUGUUCGGGGAGAGAGUUUAUUGUUGAUUUAAUGGAGAAUCCAGGAGAGACGUAUUCUCCGAACGACGACGCGAACAUGCGAAGGAUCAUGCGCGAAUUACAAAUGCACAAAACCAAAGAUGGCGAGGAAGAGUUUGGCGUAAUACCUGGGUUCGAACAAUCGCUUCAAAUUAGCGGUUUCGCACAGCUCACGCCUGAAAAACUCGCCCUAUCGCAACAGCAACAACAGCGAAAAGGAGGACGCCAUUCUAGAAAUGGGAGCACAUUGAGCGAUUCUGAUGGGAAAUUGAUUACAGGGAUAAAUAUCGGCACAACGUUACCGCCAUCGCUUUCCCCUUCGGAGAACAAUAAUAAAUCUAGCAGCACGGAUCGAUUGCUUCAAGCCGUAGACCUUACCAUUCUCCCGAACGAGAUCCUCCUCGGCGAACGCGUCGGUAUAGGAUCUUUCGGUGAGGUUCACCGAGGUUUAUGGCGAGGUACCACUGAAGUCGCCGUCAAACGCAUUCUGGAUCAAGAAUUAAACGACACGAUUUUAGAAGAGUUUGCGCUGGAGGUUGAUAUCAUGCGACGGUUGCGACACCCGAACGUUCUUUUACUGAUGGGAGUGGUUACGGCCGCGGGGAGUUUAUCUAUCGUGACUGAGUUUAUUCAUCGCGGUUCUCUGUUCAAGUUGUUGCAUCGCCCACAACCAGAAGCGGUGAAAGCGGCUUUGGCGGAAGAUCGGAGAAGAAUUCGCUUUUGUAUAGACGUGGCAAAGGGGAUGCAUUAUUUACACACGUGCAUUCCAAUCAUCGUCCAUCGCGAUUUGAAAUCGCCGAAUUUGUUGGUCGAUAAAGAUUGGACCGUGAAAGUGUGCGAUUUUGGUAUGAGCCGAAUGAAGAAAAACACGUUUUUAUCGUCAAAGUCUAACGCGGGCACGCCGGAAUGGAUGGCACCAGAAGUUUUACGAAACGAAGAGUCCGACGAGAAAUGCGACGUGUAUUCCUACGGGGUUAUCUUGUGGGAGAUUGCAACGAUGAAGGAACCGUGGGCAGAGUUGAACGCGAUGCAAGUCGUUGGUGCGGUUGGGUUUCAAGGGAAACGUUUAGAUUUAGAAAACAACAAGAUUUGUCCGGAGAUGAAAGAGCUACUCAAGCGAUGCUUUUCGGAAAAAUCGUCGGGACGACCGAGUUUUCUGGAGUGCUGCGAAAGAACGAAAGAGAUUGCUCACCUCAUUCACGAAAAGAAAACAAAGCUGUGCGGCUGCGGGAGUGGUGAAAAAGAGCAGCUCUCUGCCGCGCCUGCGGCUACCGCCGAUACUGAACCGAUGCAUCGAAGCACCAGCGAUGCGACGAAACAUAUACUCGAUAUGUAA